UCUCGCACUCAACACAAACACACUCACGCGGACACACACACACAACACACACACACUCACGCCAGUUGGCCGCAGAACGUCGUGUCCCGUCCUGCAGAGCCGCCUCCACCACCACCACCACCACCAUCAUCAUCAUCAGCACCAGCACCCGUUGACGAAGGAAAACAUACGAGAGGAAAAGACUUUAUUUUCUUUCUCCAACUCCUCUUUUUUUUCUUCCUCCUCCUCAUCUUUUUUUCUGCUUCCUUCUCCUCCUCUUCCUCCUCUUUCUGAAAACACUCGGAAAAGUGAUCUUAAGUUUCAAACCAUUUCCUUUCUCGUCCUCCUCCUCCUUCUUCUUCUCUUUCUCCUCAUCUUUUUUUCCCACUUUCCGAUUUUUUCCCGCUAUUUUCGUCUCCGUUUCCAUUUCCUCUCUCCUCCCGCUCCUCCUUCUCCUCCUCCUCUCCCUCUUUCUGUCUGCAUUUAUCUUUCCCUCGCAUUUUUCCGUUCGUGUGUUUCCCUUCCCGUCGCUGCCAGGAAGGGCGGAGAGAGAGUCGCGUCUUGAAGUGUCACGCCGCUAACUCUUCAUUACGGAAGCCGCGAUGACCCGCCUCACGAGACUCCUUGUACUGGCAGCUGUGGUGAGCGUCUGUUUGUCUCAGCAACGGAGCUACCUGCCUCCCACAAACGGCAAUGGCAACGGUAAUGGAAACGGCAACGGUAAUGGCAACGGAGUGAACGGUAACGGCAAUGGCAACGGGGUGAACGGUAACGGUAACGGCAACGGUAAUGGCUUCAACGGUAAUGGCAACGGAAAUGGUGGCACUCACGGGAACGGCAACGGGAAUGGAAAUGGCAACGGAAACGGCUUCAAUGGCAACGGUAAUGGAAUAGGCAACGGAAACGGCAAUGGAGUCAACGGCAAUGGAAAUGGGAAUGGGAACGGAUUUAACGGCAACGGGAAUGGAAAUGGCAACGGGUUCAACGGCAACGGGAAUGGUAACGGGUUCAACGGCAAUGGUAAUGGAAAUGGCAACGGCAAUGGCUUUAACGGCAACGGUAAUGGCAAUGGUAACGGUAACGGCAACGGCUUCAACGGGGACCCCUUGGCGGCCCUGAGCGCGGCUAUCGGCGGGGGCGGUGUGGCGGGCGUGGACUACCCUGUGCUGUCCCCCGCCGCCGUGCCCGACACCGGCUUCUCCUGCCAGGGUCUGCUGCCAGGCUACUACGCCGACACCGCCCCCGAAGCUGGCUGCCAGCUGUUCCACAUAUGCCAGGCGGGCGGGCGUCAGGACUCCUUUCUGUGUCCCAACGGCACGGUGUUCAACCAACGGUACUUCGUGUGUGACUGGUGGUACAACUUCGACUGUUCCACCGCCCCGGACUUCUACAACCUCAACGCCAACAUCGGGGACACCAACGAGCAUGUCAACGGGAACGGCAACGGGAAUGGAAAUGGUAACGGAAAUGGCAACGGGAAUGGAAAUGGUAACGGUAACGGGAAUGGCAACGGUAAUGGUAAUGGAAAUGGGAAUGGUGGUAAUGGAAAUGGCAACGGUAAUGGUGGUAAUGGAAAUGGUGGUAAUGGAAAUGGCAACGGUAAUGGUGGUAAUGGAAAUGGUGGUAAUGGAAAUGGCAACGGUAAUGGUGGUAAUGGAAAUGGUGGUAAUGGAAAUGGCAACGGAAAUGGUGGUAAUGGAAAUGGCAACGGUAAUGGCAACGGAAAUGGCGGUAAUGGAAAUGGCAACGGAUUGGGUAACGGAAAUGGUAACGGCAAUGGAAAUGGCAACGGUAUCGGGAAUGGAAACGGCAACGGAUACUCUUACCCCAGACCUGGCAACGGUAACGGCAACGGUAAUGGCAACGGAAAUGGCAAUGGCAACGGCAACGGUAAUGGUAACAACGGUAAUGGCAAUGGCAACGGUAAUGGCAAUGGCAACGGUAAUGGCAAUGGCAACGGUUUUGGACAUUCCUAUGGAUAAGAAACAACAGAAGAAUCAACGGUAAUGGAUUUUAUGGCAACGGAAAACAGAAGAAAUGGCCAACAGAAAGAAAAUAACGGGGAGAGAGAGAGAGAGAGAGAGAGAGAGAGAGAGAGAGAGAGAGAGAGAGAGUGCCAUAGAGUUGCCAUCAUUGCCAUCACGUGACCAGAUAUCUCCGUCAUUUCCUGUCAUUUUUUUUUUGUCUUUAUAAUUUCUUUGUAUAUAUUUAGUUAAU